CAACGCGUCAACGAUAACUUCUUUCCUGCAUUUCAGGGAACUAUACGACAGCUCGCUUAAUCGCGCGUGCCUUCACUCUCACAUCUUGGUAGAACUUGCUUUCGUUUAGACUGCAGGCAGCUUCUUUUUUGUUUAUUUACUUGGUUUUCGCCAAUUUGCCUGUCGACCUAAUCCAAGCCCUACAUCCCUCACGCAACAGCUUCCGCAACCUCAUCAACACCACACCCCCACCGCAAUCAUGGCGCGAAACUCCGAAAAAGCGCACUCUAUGCUCUUCCGCUUCCGCGCCGCCGUCGCAGCAGAAUCCGGCAUCUUCGACGUCGGCCGCACGCGCCGCCCAAAACUCAUAACCUCCAUCACCGCCGUCCCCGUCUGUGAAAAAUGGCGCGGUCAAGUGCUCAAAGAAAUCUCGCGCAAAGUCACCAAAAUUCAAGACCCAGCUCUUUCGGACUUCCAAAUUCGGGAUCUAAAUGAUGAGAUCAAUAAACUCAUGCGGGAAAAGCAUAUGUGGGAGAGUCAGAUUAGGACGCUUGGCGGGCCGAAUUAUAUGAGGGGCGGACGGGUGUUAGAUGAGGAGGGGAAAGAGGUUCCCGGGGGUGGGAAGGGGUAUAAAUAUUUUGGACGGGCAAGGGAGUUGCCGGGGGUGAAGGAGUUGUUUGAGGGGCAGGGAAGACCUCAGGAUGAGGGGGUGUAUGUGAAAGGGGGGGAGGCGAGGAGAGAGCUGAGGGGGAAGAUUGAUGCGAGGUAUUAUGGAUAUAAUCUAGAUGAGGAGGAUGGAUCGUUGUUGGAGUAUGAGCGGGCGAAGGAGAAGGAGGCGUGGGACAAGUUUAUGGAGUUGGGGGAUGAGAUUGAGGAUGUCAGUGCUAGCACAGGUGCGGGAGCGGGUGCAGGGGCGAAGCGUAUGAGGAAGAAUGGCGGAGAGCAAGGCCAGAAAGAGUGGGUAGAGAUUCCGGGGGAUACGGGAGAUGGAGUGAGGUGGAAGGUUCCAAGCCUGGAUGAGGUUAAUGAGGAGUUGGUGGAGCGGAGGAGGAGGAAGCUUUUGGAUAAGCUGGGUUGAAGGGUCUUUGGUGCAGCAUCUUCAGUGGCUCUCUUCAUAGACCAUGCUUCCGAACGGACACAGAUUUUCCCUCAGACCGUGGAAGUUGAUUCAAGUUGGGCAGACAUUCAUUGCAGUCAUUUAUUGGGCGGAUUGCGGUUUGGACUGGGCUAGGGCAGAUUGAUACCCUUUGUCGAACAGCGGCAGAAAAAGGUCUUUUGGC